GAAUACUGCGCACAACUUGGCAGACGUGCGCUGCCCCAUCAUGCGUCGUCGCUCUGACACGUGGCCUGAACUGCUCUAACCGGUCUGGCAGUGUCAUUGACAGUCUUCACCAUCGGGCAUUUUCACCGAGUUAGCCGGUAAGCAAAGCCGUUGUAGAGCGCUUGCGAUGUUCAACAACAACAAAAAAAAACCCGACAGUGGUAGAGACGAUAUGGACGGAUUAACAAUAACAACGCAAGCAUCGUGGAGCUGAUGUGUGCAGCUCAAGGAACAGAACGUGUCGGAGGGUCACGUUGGCCGUGGAGACGGAGCGAUGAAAUCGAGUCAUGUGCAGCGUCGGACGCGAGGCACGAACAGAGUGACGGACGGGACGCCCAGAGUGAGACGGCGCUUGGGGGAACGUGCCCAGGAUGAGCACCGGGAGGUGACGGCGCCUGCGGCGGUCGCGCCGGUGAAGGGGGAUCGGCCGCUUGCGCGGCGGCGCCGGUGCCUGGGGAUGGACGCCCCGGAUCGGCGCAAGCCGCAGGGCAACGGGCGCGACGACGGCGCCGAGCGCUUCAUCCUGGGCGCCGACGUCGGCACCACGACGCUGCGCUGCCACGUCUACGACGCGAGCGCCAGGAUCAGGGGCAGCGCCAGCAGCGAGAUCAAGCUGCUGUACCCAUCGCCGGACGCCGUGGAGCUGGACCCCGACGCGCUCUUCCGCCAGUUCGUGGACGUCACGCGGCGCGCCAUGGCAGAUGCUGGCGUGGAGGCAGCACAGGUGUUGGGCCUCGGCAUCUCCACACAGAGGGGGACGUUCACCACCUGGCACAGGCAGACGGGGAAACCGUUCCACAACUUCAUCAGCUGGCAGGACCUGCGCGCCUCCGAGCUGGUGGAGUCCUGGAACCGCUCGUUCACGCUGCAGAGCAUGCACGGCCUCUUCAAGCUUCUCCACUCGGUGACGCGGCACAAGCGCUUGAAGGCGGCGAGCGUCAUCAACUUCAGCACUCAGCACGUCACCAUGCGCCUCAUGUGGGUGCUGAAGAACAUCCCGGCGGUGCAGGAAGCGUCGCGGGAAGGCAACUGCUGCCUCGGCACCAUCGACACGUGGCUGUUGUACCGACUGACAGGAGGACGAGUCUACGCCACCGAUUACUCCAACGCCAGCUGCACGGGAAUCUUUGACCCUUACCAGAUGGCCUGGAGCACCUUCCUCAUGGGCCUUAUGUCUCUGCCUGGAAACAUUUUCCCGCCAGUGGAAGACACGAGCAAGCUGUACGGGCACACGGAGGAGGCGCUUUUCGGAGCGCCCAUCGCCGUCACGGCGCUGGUCGCGGACCAGCAGGCGGCCAUGUUUGGCGAGUGCUGCUUCGAGCCGGGCGACGUGAAGCUCACGAUGGGCACCGGCACAUUCGUGAACAUCAACACCGGGGAGAGGCCCCACGCCUCCGUGGCCGGGCUGUACCCCGUCGUGGGCUGGAAGAUCCGCGAGGAGCUCGUGUUCCUGGCCGAGGGGAACGCGGCCGAUACGGGGACCUCCUUGAAAUGGGCGCAGGAGCUUGGCCUCUUCCGGGACGUGAGCGAGAUCGCCGUGCUGGCGCAGAGCGUCCCGGACUCGGGCGGCGUUUACUUCGUGCCGGCGUUCAGCGGCCUCCAGGCCCCGCUCAACGACCCCAACGCGUGCACAGCCUUGGUGGGGCUCAAGCCGUCCACGAGCCGAGCGCACAUCGUGCGCGCCGUCGUGGAGGCCCUGGUGUUCCGCAACAAGCAGCUGCAUAACACGAUGCUGCAGGAGACCAGGCUGCCCAUGAAACAGAUCAGGGCAGAUGGCGGCGUGUGCAAUAACGACUUCGUGCUGCAGCUGUCGGCGGACUUGCUGGGCUGCUCCAUCGACCGGCCCCAACACACGGACAUGUCCAGCCUUGGUGCUGCCUUCCUCGCCGGCUUAGCCGUGGGCUUUUGGAACGACCGCUCGGAGCUGACGGCCCUUCGCUGGACGGAGAAGCUCUUCGAGCCGAGGACGCCCAAACCGCAGCUGCUGUCGGACAUGAAGAGCUGGGAACGGGCGCUGAAGCUCACGCGAGGCUGGUACAGCAAAUCGUGACGGAGGGAGGUUCCGCGUUCCGGCGUGCGCACGAGCGGCGUCACUGCUUGCGAUGAGGGUCUCCGUGCCACGCGGCAGGUCCAGGCCAAAGCGUAUUUGGGCUAACCUUUCUGACGGUUGGCCGUUGUUCAGACUUUUCCUUGAAUGCGUGGAAGGGCGGGCUCCAUUGCCUUCAAUGCGACCGGGGCUCUCUCUCGGCAGGGGGUGGAUGCUCUUCGUCACCGAUUGGCCUGCUGCAAAGGUUUAUAUAUAUAUAUUUUUUUCUUUUUACAAAGUGAAGAGGAUGAACAGUGAUCAUGAUCGGAACGAAAAUCUUUGUGCUGGAAAAUACCGUAAACGGUUUUAGUUUAGUGCCAAAACAGUCACUUUGGGAAAUGAGGGCCCCUUGUUUUAAGGUUCUGUGCCAAAAUGUGAACUUUGGUACCAACGCUCGAGUUACACUCACGCCAGCGGCGUAUACGCGAACACGACACGGUGAACUCGAGCAACGAUGACGAGGCUUCGGUAAAAAAAA